AUGUUCUUCGCCACCCCUCUCAUCGCGGCGUUCUUCGCCAUGGCUGGCUUCUCUGCCAACGCCUCACCCUUGGCUACCGUCCCAGUACCCACGGAUAUCGUGCUGGACACCAAAUGGCACAAAGCAACAGCCAGUGAUGUGGCCGUCAUGGCAGCCAACGGCUCGUUCUGGAGCACCGAGGAGGGUCACCCAAUGAGCCUCCCAUUGGACACGCACGCUCUCGACAAGCGCCAGUCCGGAGUCUACCGCACCAACUCAUACAGAGUCGGCGAUGGCAACCCCCACCAAAACCCAUUCCAACAGCAAGUCACCCAAACCCUCAAGUGCGGCCCUGGUGGCGGAUGCUCCGUCUCCAUUUCUAAGACGCACUCGGUCAGCUGGACCGCGAGCGCCAAUGCCGCCUAUGGCUGGAUCUCCGGCGGGUUCAGCGUAUCUGAAAGCUACUCGACUGGCAGAACGUACACUUGUAAUGGCAAUGCUGGCGGCGACGUGUGCAUCUGGUAUAGCUAUGGCGUGACGGCCUAUACGGUGGCAUCUACCAAUUGCUACUAUUUCAAUGGACGGCCUUCCAUGUGUCGGAAUCUCGGCAAUCGGAUUUUGUACUCGCCUAAUAAGUGCCAGCAGGGCUCUCCUUAUUGUGUUCGUGGCUCGGCCUGCCGUAGUGAAAACCAGGGGUAUUAUGUAAAGGAUAAUGCCCCUGCUGGAGGACCGCCGUGCUAG